GCUCUCUUCGAUUCUCUUUCAAACCAAGUCCUCUCUCUCUCUCGUAUCCAAUGAAGAAAACUUGAGAAAUAUCAAUAGUGUUUGAACAAUGCUCCCCCUCUCUCACCGCCCACUCCACACACUCCUCUCCUGCAACCAUUUCCUCAUGGGCUCCACGCACUUGCUAAAAUGCGUCCCCUGCUCAUUACACCUCUCCUCUUUUCCCCUUCACCAUCUCCACACCCACCCUCACCUCUCCCCCCGCCAUUUGGAAAGACCCACCUCCAAAUUCCAACAUUACUCCCUAAAAAAAUCUGGGCUUGGCUCAUUUUCACCUCUCAUGCUCUCAAGAACAGUUCAUUUGUCACGUCCGGAAGAUGAGAAAACGGAUGCAGAGCGACUUGCAGUGUUGAAAAAGAAAUUGGAAAAAGAAGGGAUAAUAUGCGGUUCGUGUAAGCCUGGGCAGUACUCUCACAUGUUAUGCCCAAUGUGUCAAGGUGGUGACUCGAUGGAAAGGAGUUUCUCUCUUUUCAUCCGCGAAGAUGGAGACUUGGCCAUGUGGUCAUGCUUUAGAGCUAAAUGUGGAUGGAGAGGUCAUAUGCGGGCCUCUAUAGAUGGAAAAGGAUACAACAAUUUCGAGAAAAGUUCAAAGGUUAAAUCGAUUAGAGUAAUCACGGAGGAGAUGCUUUACCUGCAACCAUUAUGUGAUGAGCUGAUCACAUACUUUGCUGAGCGAAUGAUAUCAGGGGAAACACUACGGAGAAAUGCUGUUAUGCAACGUAGAUAUGAUGGAGAUCAGGUGCAAAAAUGGAUUAAUGCAAUAAAGUAUUAUAUUUACAUAACUAACCAUUAUCUAAAACUUGGUUUGCAGAUUGUGAUUGCAUUUACGUAUAGAAGAAAUGGAAAGCUUGUCAGUUGCAAGUACCGGGACAUCCAAAAAAAAUUUUGGCAGGAAAGUAAUACUGAAAAGAUAUUUUAUGGAUUGGAUGAUAUAAAGCAAGCGAGUGAUAUUAUCAUUGUUGAAGGUGAAAUCGAUAAGCUCUCAAUGGAAGAAGCUGGCUACCGUAAUUGUGUGAGUGUCCCGGAUGGAGCACCUUCAAAGGUUUCCAAGAAACGGUUACCAGAUCAAGACCAGGACACAAAGUAUCAGUAUUUGUGGAACUGCAAAGAGUACUUAGAUCAGGCAUCUCGGAUUAUACUGGCCACUGAUGCUGAUGCACCUGGCCAAGCCUUAGCUGAAGAGCUAGCACGCCGUCUUGGUAGAGAAAGAUGCUGGCGAGUCAGAUGGCCGAAAAGAAAUGACAGCGAUGUUUGCAAGGAUGCAAAUGAGGUGCUCAUGUAUUUAGGGCCUAAAGCACUCAGGGAAGUAAUUGAGGAGGCUGAGCUGUAUCCUAUACGGGGUCUAUUCAAAUUCAGUGACUACUUUGAUGAGAUUGAUGCAUAUUACCAUUGCAGUAUGGGGUAUGAGCUUGGAGUCUCAACUGGUUGGAGGGCUCUGAACGAAUUAUAUAAAGUUGUACCAGGAGAAUUGACUAUUGUAACUGGGGUUCCCAAUUCGGGCAAGAGUGAGUGGAUUGAUGCUCUCAUAUGCAACAUCAAUGAAAGUGAAGGCUGGACGUUUGCUCUUUGCUCCAUGGAAAACAAGGUUCGGGAGCAUGCAAGAAAGCUUUUAGAAAAACACAUAAAGAAACCAUUCUUCAAUGCUAGAUAUGGAGCCUCUGUUGAACGGAUGAGCAUUGAGGAAUUCGAACAAGGGAAAGAAUGGCUAAGUGAAACAUUUCAUCUCAUACGGUGUGAGGAUGAUUGUCUCCCAUCUAUUAAAUGGGUUCUUGAACUUGCCAAAGCUGCAGUUCUAAGGCAUGGGGUGCGUGGGCUUGUGAUAGAUCCGUACAAUGAGCUCGAUCAUCAGCGUCCAUCAAAUCAGACAGAGACAGAAUAUGUGAGUCAGAUGCUUACUAUGGUUAAGCGCUUUGCUCAGCAUCAUGCAUGCCAUGUCUGGUUUGUAGCACACCCUAAACAGCUACAACACUGGGUCGGUGGUCCUCCAAACCUGUACGAUAUUAGUGGAAGUGCACACUUCAUCAACAAAUGUGACAAUGGGAUUGUUAUUCAUCGCAAUCGAGAUCCUGAAGCUGGGCCCCUUGAUGGAGUACAGGUUUGUGUCCGGAAGGUAAGGAAUAAGGUCAUUGGAAAUAUAGGGGAUGCGUUCUUGGCAUAUAGCAGGGUCACGGGAGAGUUUAGGGACAUUGAUGAAUUGCCAAAAGCAAAUGGACGAGAAAUACAAGGUUUGACCUAGUUCUGAGAAAAAAGUGCGAUUUGGUUGAAGGAGAUUUUUCCCAAAAACUGUGCAGGAAGCAAAGAUAUCUCAAAGAUUGUUGCAGCACUCUCCCAUUCAUCGUAAGAUGUCCUUAAUUGUAUCCAGGCUCAAUUCUUCAAUACGAAGCAUAGAUGCCAAUGAUGUGUACAUGCUGCAUCUGGGUAUUACAGGGAGAGGUAAUUCAAUCAUGUAACAUGUCCUCCUGGUGUAUUUGCCAUUUUUGGGUCUUUGUAAAUCAAAGCCAUUCAGAGGCAGCUAAUCAAACCUUAUACAUUGUACUGAUCAACAGUUGUAUACUGACAUAACUUUUUUUUUUUUCGGUGUAAAUCUUUUUCAUUUUAGGUGGUCAAACUGCAUGGUUUGUCCUGAAUUUGAAGUCUCCAUGGGCCGUGGGUUUCAUUUGUGUAAAUCAGAGCUGUUCAGAGGAUUCAUGUAUGAUGCAUGCUUAAUUACAUGUAUGACUAGCUGCACAGACUGCCUAUGUAAGUG